AUGCGAAGCACGUGCCAUCCGUCCGACCGACCUCCCGACCGUGCUGGAGUGACAGCCUGCAGCUCCACUAUAAACGAUCGACUCGACGCGAGCAAAAAGAUGCACCGCGGAGUUGCUAAACUUAUUCGGUUUUUGUCGAAACAAGACAGGCCACUGCACCAUGUAGGGGACGAGUCCACAGACCAAAACAAUAACAUCACAAUGACAAGUGAAGACCUGCUUCAGCCAGGCCAUGUGGUCAAGGAACGCUGGAAAGUGGUUCGCAAAAUUGGAGGAGGUGGCUUUGGAGAGAUCUAUGAAGGCCUGGACUUGGUUACCAAAGAGCAAGUGGCUCUCAAAGUGGAGUCAGCAAGACAACCAAAGCAAGUUCUCAAGAUGGAAGUCGCAGUUUUGAAGAAACUACAAGGAAAAGAACAUGUUUGUCGUUUUAUUGGAUGUGGACGUAAUGAUAGAUUUAACUAUGUGGUUAUGCAGUUACAAGGAAAAAACUUAGCAGAGCUGAGGCGGGCCCAGCCUCGAGGGGCAUUUUCUCUUUCAACCACUCUGCGCUUAGGACUUCAAAUACUGAAAGCCAUUGAUAGCAUUCAUCAAGUGGGCUUCCUACACCGUGAUAUAAAACCUUCCAACUUUUCAGUCGGUCGACUGCCACAUAACUGUCGAAAAGUGUAUAUGCUGGACUUUGGACUGGCUCGCCAAUACACAACAGCUACAGGAGAGGUGCGUGCUCCUCGAGCAGCUGCGGGCUUCAGAGGUACUGUGCGAUAUGCUUCCAUCAAUGCUCACAAGAACAAGGAAAUGGGAAGACACGAUGAUCUGUGGUCUCUCUUUUAUAUGCUUGUGGAAUUUGUAAACGGACAACUUCCUUGGAGAAAAAUAAAAGAUAAAGAACAGGUAGGGUUAAUGAAGGAAAAGUAUGAUCACAGACUCUUACUCAAACAUUUACCAUCUGAUUUGCGUCAGUUUCUCGACCAUAUACAGUCCUUGGAAUAUGCAGACAAGCCCGAUUAUGCUAUGCUAAUUGGGCUAUUCGAACGGUGUAUGAAGCGCCGUGGAGUUAAAGAAUCGGAUCCCUACGAUUGGGAGAAAGUAGCUGUGCCUGACAAUGCCAUUCCAAGUGUACCAACAACAACACCUGCGAUUCUUACAAGACCAGCUUUAGGGGCAACACGAAUAACAGAUAAUAUGCUUGAAGAUAAUCUUAUCACUAGUCUGGAUAAUAACCAAGAAAACAUUGAACCUGAUAAUAGACGUGAAUUAGAGGCACAGUUGGACUAUGAGGCUGUGUGUCGAAGGCGGCGACAUAAUUUGCAUCAAGAUAUGACAUCUCCUUUGGUAACAGAUACCAAUAGGGAACGUGAUAAACUUGUUAUUGACAAGAACUGCAAUGCUACUCUUGCUGCUACUCAGCCUUCCAAUCAGACAGCUGAUCUCAAUGUCCACCAGGGCUCACCAAAGAAACAAGUUCCUCAGCGCCGUGCUGUAUCAAUGGCUGGUGUUGAUCCAGUUCCUGAGAAGUCAAUCGCCCCUGUGACUGAUAAGGGGAUAGACUACGAAGGGGAUGCUGUAAUGGCCUCUGCACGAAGCAAUUCUGACACUCAGCAGCAGCAGCACAAGAAAUCAGUGACACCAAUCAGUACUCAAAUGUUAAAUCAAAACCAAAAUCCAUCUCGCAAAAGUGGUGCCACUUUCGGUCGCUUGCGUGUGGUGACUGCUCCUGCCACAUGUGUGCAAGAUCUUGGAAAGGCUGUGGAGCAGGACAGGGGGGAUGGUGAUGGUGUGACAGACGAAGAGAAAAUAGCAGCCCAACAUGAUCCAAACAAUCCAUUAACUUUGCAGGCUUCUGAACUCCCUAGCCCGCGUAUUAGGGAAGCCACAACAGAACCGGAUGGCUCAUACUACUCCUACGAAGCGACAAAAGCAGGAAUACUUGGGUCGUCUCCUGUGACAGAUCAACGUGAACCUUUAAAAGAACGCACGAAGGAACAUCGGGUGCGUCGCUUCCAUUCGUCUGGAGGCUCUUCUGGCCGCCCUGGCAUUUGCAAAGGCAAUAACAGAGAUGCAUCAAUCACACAGUUUGCGGUCAUUGAUGAUGAUAAUGUGUCUGCUCUUCAACAAGUCACACGUGGUGGAGGAGGCUUGACUUUGGCUUCUCAGUGGAAGUCACAGUUUGAUGACUCUGAAGAGACUGAUAAUGAAUGGAAAGGUGAAAAUUUGCAGAGCCCAGAACAUCGACAUAACUUAACUUCUCAGCAACAGCCCCUGUUCCCGUGUGUGGAGAGCGUGCAUCCCGGGAGCGUGACAUCGGUUGCAGCUUCAGUGGCUGACAAGCCCAGCCCUGUGGUGGUUAGCUCCCAGACAAGCCAUCCUCAGCCACAGCAGGGCACGCUGGCAUCUGCUUCUGCCUCUGCCUCUGCCUCGUCGGGGCCGGCUGCCACUCGCACAGUGGGGCCUCCAGAACUGUCGAGGAUCAGUGAGGACUCACGGCAGGAAAGGCAGAGCCACCAGCACAGCCCUCAGGUAGAUGAGGCACAUGAUGAAACCUUACCCGGAGCCGAUAACAGUAGCAAUGGCCACCACAAAGCGGCAGCUGCCCCUACUUCCUUACCUCAGCCCCCUCGGUGCUUGAACAUUGCUGGCAUAGAAAACUUUGUUGAGCUGCAGCCUGUGCUGCCCAGAGCGUGGAGUCUGCCUCAACUAUCAGGACACAUAAGACCUGCCCUUGAGCCACCUCUCCUCCAGCAAGCAGCCUUUGAUGAACUUGUUUAUGAAGUAGAUGUAAUGCGGAAUAUUGCAGUUAGAAGAACUCACGAUGAGAAAGGAAGGGAAGACAAGGCGAAAGAAAGACGAUCAAGUUUACCAACAAUGGCUUUGAAUUCCUGCAUAGCAACAUCUAAAGACAAAAUAUCAUCCACAAAAAUUGAACAAAGCGACAAAAUAAAAAUUAGUCUUAAAGAUGAAGGUGUGGGGUCAGAGGCCCAGGCUAGAGCACUGGAGGAAGAAGAAGAUGAGGAAGUAGGGAAUAUGGAACCAGUGGCUGGGCGAUUGGAAAUUCGUGUGCUUGAUCGUGCAGAAGGCUCUGCUGUUGUUGAAACUCAUAACAACAAUAUGACUGUGCCUGUCGUGGCUUCCGUUUCAUCUGUACGAAACACUUUGCCGAGUAACACAGUUCUCAAAUGCAGUUCAGAUAUUCGAUUACUUGAUGGGAAGAAGGAAUCAAGCAGCUCUCAACCGCAAGUCAGUGAAGUGGAAGAGGAGGAAAAAGGUGUUUUAGAAAAUAAUGCGCUUGAAGCAAUGAGUAAAGUGUCUAAAAAGGAAGAGAUGAACAGCUUAACUAAGUUAGAAGCAUUUAAAAAUUCUGUGGUAUCCUGUGCGCCCACCAAUGGGAAUGAUGGUAACAGUCCAGUGAGCCCUGGCAUUGGUCAGGAAGAUCCAUCAGUGUAUUUUGAUGCAACUGAUCAUGCUGCAACAGCAACAGCAGCAGCCACUCCCCCUGCCACAACUGCGGCUGUUGCAUCCACAUCAGCAGCAGAUUCAAUGAAUGGGCCUCAACACACAAAUAGUGCAUCAUGCGUUGGGGAAGAAGCACAAGACAAGGAAGUUUCUCGACGCCACUCCACUUGUUUAUCCCCUGUUCUGGAAGCAGAGGAGAGAAACAAGAAGGCUGUGGGCCUUGGCUCAAAGAGCAAGAUUCCUGUCCCUGUGAAAAGCCCUCGAUGUAGUUUUGUUGAAAUGGAUAACAGCAUAAGAUUGCACAAAAUUGCACUUCUCACGACGUGCUUCACUGUUGCAAGGGUUUCGGAGGAAGACCAGCGAGGCUUGCUGAGUAGUAUGCACUUGCGCCACACUACACCUGAACCAGACAGCAUGCCCUCGUCCCCCUCCACGCAUCAGCUGCCUUUGCGCCGUUGUGCCACUAUGCCCGAUGCACGCGGUUCCAACAACAACAGUUCCACAGAGGACGAGCAGCAGCUGACGGCGUGCACCCCGGCUCUGCGACGGCGCAGGGAGAGGGAGACAAAAUAUGUCACUGAUCAGUCUCAAUUGAAUCUCCGUUUCCACAGGCCAGCCAGAAGAACACGCCCCAUGUCUGAGAUGGUUUCUGGCCCCAUUCGCCAAAGGGUGUCCGUGGGUAGUGUUCCUACUCGUGAGCUGCGGGGCAUCCCCAGCCACUUGCUGGCGUGCCCUUCAGGACGGGCAGAGGAGAGCAGCGAGGCAGAUAGUGACUCCUCCGGCCGGGCGCCCCUGCCGCAUCCCCCGCCCCUGUCUGACUUCAGGCCUCUGGAGAACAAUGCUAGGUGUCGCCGGUUCCAUCCAGUAGUGUCAGAUGGUGCUGUUCGCGAGUCAUGAAGACCAAAUCGAGUAGGCUGCUUUUCUUGCGGGCCUUCAAUGCUGUAUCAUCUCGAAGAUUUAAAUUUAUAGAUAUGCCAUGCUAAAUGUUGUGGCAAGGUUUGUUAAAGCUCAGAGCCAUACCUUGUUAGGGGAGGUGCAAAGCUGGUGAACUGCUUGUAUGAGCAAAUGCUGGUUGAGGCCGUUGUCUGGUCCAGAAAGAAAAUAGAACCAAAGUAGACUGAACCAGUUAUCACAUUUUUCAGAUUAAAUCAAGAUAAGAAAAGCCUUGAUUCUCUCUGCACAGCUUUGAAAAUUGCUUAUACUCCGAUUUUAUUAGACGGAAAUGUGAUUAAAGGUUUUAGGUUCACUUUUGCACUAAAAAUAGUUCUCUGAUAUUGUGCAUUAAAAAUGAAGCCUUUUUCAAGAAAGUUAGAAUGUUUUGUCUAUUUUGGGUCUUCUUUCUUUCAGUACUUAGCUGUAAGAUUAAAUUAUUUUAUGGCUAAGACAGUAUUCUCUCUGAAUUGGAUGCAGCUUGUGGUGCCACUGCAAAACUGUUACUUAUUGAAUCAGUAGAAGUAACAAUCUAUAUUUUGUUAGGUGUUUGGGUAGAAUAUGUAUACUUUGGUCAGAUAACGUAUAUCUUUAAUGGAAAUUUCUGAUUGGCAGGUGAACAAAAGAUAUGCUAAUUUAUGUUGCCUUGCAGGGCUACUGUUAUUGGGUAGUUGUAACCAAACAUGAACAUUUUGCUGGAGUCAUUUACUGUGGGUGAUCUUUAUGGAAGUUGUAGUUCAUCAUUUUUCCUGCACACUACAUUGUUUUAUAAUUGAUUUGUACAGUGCAAAACUGUAUCUCGAGAAAGUGGAAUCUUUAACUUUGAAGAAGAAUUAUAAGUGUGUGUAUUUGAGCACUAUAAUUUAUUUUUUUAGUUUUAAAAUAAAAUAUAUUUUUUAGUCUACAGUAAAAGAGCUGUACUUGAUCUUGUAAUCACUGGUAAGUUAAUUAAUUCUUGUGGUUGUGUCCAUUGCCUAUGCAAAUCCAACAAGGUGACAUUUUUAUGGCUUCAGUACUAAUUCACUCAUUUUGGGAAUCAACUAAGCAGAGAUAGCUUUACAAGCAAAUUCAUCUUUUAUUCACUCAUGCUUAGUAUAUAAACGUUGCUCCAAAGUGAUCCCAUGGUCAAAAGAUCUCUUUUGUGUUGUUGAUUUAAGAACAACAUUAGAUUGUUUAUUGUUGAUAUUGUUAAGUUUAUUUGCUCAUGAGUUUUUGCUAGUCAGAUGAUCACUUGCUGAUCUUAUUGAGCUCAAGAAAAGCCAAUACUUAAGAAUUAUUUUAACUAGUCAUAAAACAUAUUUCACCGUGCAUAGGAAAGAUGAUCCAAUGUUUUUAUACAUGGAUAUAUAUAGAGAGAAAUUGUCUCUUUAUGAGAAAUGGGUGCUUUGUUUAUAUGAAUGUUAGGAUCAUGCACUAAGAAAUAAAAUGUCCAGAAAUGAUGUCCUUUAUAAGAAAGUAUACUCAUAUUUUUCUUCCUUAUGGGUGCUUUAAGAAGGUUGAAAGAAAAUUAUUAUUUAUUGAAAAAUUAUUAUUGGUUUAUGAUGAAUUUUCUCAUCAUAUUUGUUGUAGAUUGAUGUAUUAUAUCUUUGAGAGUUGCAAUUAUAAUUAAUAAGUUCAAGCAAAUUUUUGAUUUGUUGCUGUUCUCCUGAUUUAAUAUAAUUGUCCUUUACAAGAGAAAUGUAUUUUGUAGUUGACUUUUUGUAUAGCUCAAUGCAUAACGGUGCUUUUAUUUUUAUGUGUGGAAGAAACCUUAGUUUACAGAGUGAAGUUUAGUAUGCAUCACUAGAUUCAUUAGUUUUUCAACAUUAUUGUUGUGUGAAUGGAAGUAUAUGACUAUUGUGAAUAAAAAAAUAUUUAUGCAAAAACAGUAAUAUUAAUAUUUUCACUAGUUUCUUUUCUUAAGGUAGCAAAUCUUUUGUUUAACAAUUGAUUCAAAUUAAAGAUAAAAUUUGAAAUUGUUUUUCCAUUCCAAUGUUAAGACUGGGGAAAUAUAUAAUUGACCCAAUUUGAAGUAUAGGCAAAGUGAUGUGACUUACAUUAUGUAACAGAAGAGAAACAUAAAUUGUACUUAUCAUGGGGGGUGGAAUCAGUGAUUUUUUAGGUUCCAGAGAGCUGUGCCCAUGGUGUCUUUAACAUAUUAUCACGUGUGUGUUUGUUUCAAUGACAAUGAAUAGAUAAAUGGAUUACAAGUACAAGAUAUUUGUAAUGAGAAUAGUUAACUCUUUUCUUUCCUCCCCAUUUCAUUUUCAUUGAAACCUUUCUCAAUAAAGUUUCUUGCAUCCACAGUAUUUGUUUUUUUAGGUAACAGCCAUGUAGUGACAUUAUGUUGAAAACUGAACAAAAGUGUUUGAGUGUCCGCAUGUUGAGAGACCUGAUAUGUGGUUAUGACCUGGAAAAAGGGGAGUGGAUGUGUUAAGUUGUUAGUCAGAAAUGUAAUUCAUCAGUAACAUAGUUGUAAGUAUGAAUUCAUAAGACUGAUAUUUUGAAUGUAAUUUGUUUUUUUAAUGACAUUGGAUGUUAACACAUCACAUUGAAAUUACUUCACAUUGUGUGAACUGUGUGAACUUGUAUUAGUAUCUUUUGAUUGUAUGUGGACAUCAUUUUUGGGCAUAAUCUAAGAAUGCAUAUUGUGAGGUCCUUGAAUGCUUGCAUAUAUUGUUUUGUUCUUUUUUUUUUUAUUGUUGUAAUUCUUCUUAAAUAGAAGGUAUUGUAAAUCUACCUUUAUAGUUAGUGGGAGAAUAUGUCCAACGUGUACAGUGAUUUCAUUGUUUAAAGCCAUGCAUUGUAAAUAUUUCUGGAAUACUGUAUAUUUUGUUUGUAUUUUAUUUUUAAGUCUUUAAAUCAAAGCUUGUAACAUUAUUAAUAAUCAUGAUGAUGAUAAUAAUAAUAAAAGGUCCCAAUGAAUUGAGCCAUUGUAAUGCAAAUUAAAUAUUAAACUGUAUUGCCCAACUCUUAAUUAAGAAUCUUUAGGUAGAUACCUUUGGGUAUAAUUACUAGUAAUUUUUUAUUCAUGAAUGAGGUCCAGGACAAUUGUCUUUCCUUGAAUAAGUUUGGUUUCUUAAUUAAAUUUGGGAUGUCUAAAGCCUUUUGGAUUUAUGGGUCUUGUGGAGUAUCACAUUCAGCAAGUUGCUGUUAUUACUAUAAGGAACUAAUAAUCCUUUUACAAAAUAUUAGAUGCUUUUUUUAUGUACUAAUGGAAACCUUUCUCAGUAAACAAAAGUGUUUUCAAAUUACCAACAUGGAUUUAGAAAAUCAAAAUCUAUGGAAACAGCCAUAUUGUAAACGAUUAUUAAAUCUGGUGGAGUUAGAUCCUCUAUUUUAUCGCAUUUUCACCCUUCUCUUCAGCGUCUCUAGAUUUUAUGCCUAAUUUAAGAUAUUCCAAACUUUUACUCACUCAAGACCUCAAUAUUUAGAGAAUUUCAAUGUAUUUUUCUUGUUUCUCAUUUAUAAGAAGUUUAAAACCUAGUCCCUCUUAAUUUUACAAGUAGCAACCAGUUGAUAUACCAUAUAUUUGUUAGCAAAUAUCAUGAAUUUACUGCAUCAUAAAUAAUAUGAAUAUUUUAGAAUGUUUUAUGAACACUAAUUUUUAAAUGUUUAUAAUUUACUGCAUUAGUAUUAUCUAGUAGGUCCUUCUUUUUGUAAUAAUUUUCCUUCAAAAUUAUUAUUUCAAGGUGAACCAAAAGUAGGUAUGGAAGAUACAGC